AUGUCCACGGAUGGACUCUAUUUGUUCGAGAAUGGGGAGCUGGCCGCCAACUUUGAUAUCAUGAAUUGGGUGUCGUUCCCUAAUAUGACAUAUGAAAGAGUGAAAGUUGGAAGCAUAGAGGGACAGUCACCCACUGACAUGAAGUUCCUCAUUAACACAGAAGCCAUUGUGUGGCCCAUGGGGUUUAAUGAGACUGUUCCUCAUUCUAGCUGCACUGAGAGCUGUCACUCUGGAUACAGCAAAAAAGUCAUGGAAGGAAAGCCUCCUUGCUGCUAUGCUUGUGCUCCAUGUCCAGAAGGGACCAUCUCUGCUCAGAAAGAUGCAGAUCAGUGCAACAAGUGUUCAGAAGAUCAACAUCCAAACAAGGUUCAAAAUCAAUGUCUCCGCAAAGUUAUGACCUUCCUGACCUAUGAAGAACCAUUGGGAAUCACCUUGGCUUCCUUUGCCCUGGCCUUGUCCCUAAUCACUAGCUGGGUGUUUGCAAUCUUUAUUAAAAACCAAGACACCCCAAUAGUCAAAGCCAAUAACCGAGUCCUCUCUUACAUUCUCCUUGUUUUUCUCCUGCUUUCCUUUUUGUCUUCCUUUCUCUUCAUUGGCCAGCCAAGAAAACCAACCUGCCUUCUCCGACAAAUGGUCUUUAAUAUCAUUUUCACAGUUGCUGUCUCUUCUGUAUUGGCCAAAACAAUCACUGUGGUGUUGGCCUUCCUGGCCACAAAGCCAGGGAGUAGGGUGAGGAGAUGGUUGGGGAAGACUUUGGCAAAUGUUAUAAUCAUUUCUAGUUCUAGCGUUCAAGUUAUCAUCUGCGCCAUUUGGCUGGGAAAGUCUCCACCCUUCCCUGACUCUGACACAAACUCCCAGCCUAGGCAGAUCAUUCUUAGAUGUAACCAAGGGUCUGUCAUCAUGUUCUACACUGCCCUUGGCUACAUGGGUUUCCUGGCUGCCAUCUGCUUCACAGUUGCUUUCCUGGCCAGGAAGCUGCCUGGGACCUUCAAUGAAGCCAAGCUGAUCACCUUCAGCAUGCUGGUCUUCUGCAGUAUCUGGGUCUCCUUUGUGCCCACCUACCUGAGCACAAAAGGGAAGUACACGGUAGCCGUGCAGAUCUUCUCCAUCUUGGCCUCCAGUUCUGGGCUCCUGGGCUGCAUCUUUUUCCCCAAGUGCUACAUUAUUAUAAUCAGGCCUGAUCUCAACAUAAAGGAACACUUAAUGAUGAAAGCAAAAUCAAACAUAUCUAAUCCUAUGUAG